GUCUUUACACACAGGGCCGUCGCUAUAAACACAACUUCAAAUAAUAUCAAUGAAUUGACGGUAACAUUACCUAUAGCUAUUUCUAUACUGCUGUAUAUGGAUAAAACGCCGUGAAAGACCAGAUUUUGUGAAAUGGCGUCACCGAAACCAGCGAGACUUCGACGUCUGACCAAACAGACAUCAUUUUUUGUUUCUCCUGGCGAUGCUUCAGAAGAUGGCGAUUUUGUUGCGUUGCGCAAUAUACGAGAGCAUAAACGAUCCAUCAAAUCAUCUAAACCAAGUUUGGAUCAGAUAGACGAGUCUCCUCUACCUAUUAGAAAGGUAUCCCAAAGUGAAAUAACUUUAAAAUCAGAAAGUCAGAACACUAAGGACGUAUUAAAAGAAAAGCUGUUCAAAUUCAUCGAAGUUGGUAAGAUAGAACAAGUCAAACAGUGUAUAGAGAACAACGUUCCUGCAAAUAUAUCUGCACUGUCAGGAGAUGCUUACCGUAGAAAAGUUACAAAAGAAAACAUUCUUCAUGUCGCUCUUGCUAAUAAACAUAUUGAAAUAGCUCGUUAUAUAAUUGAUAAAAUUAACGAAAGUCAGCCAGACUUACUUUUCCAGGCAUGUGAAGUUUCACUGAAAACUACUCAAGGAGUUAAAAAUGUUCUACACAUGGUAACCGAGCUACACGAUUUGCCCUUGGCCAAAAUCAUCAUUCAGAAGAUCCAUAAUAAAGAAAAGAUUAUGUCAACACUCCGCGAAGAAAGUCCUGUACAAAUCCAGGGCCAGAGACCUAGAACCUUCCCGUGUCUUCAUUUGGCUGCCUUCAAUGGUUUCACAGAUAUGGUUGAGUUUUACUUAGAUUGCGGAAUGGAUUGUAAUUAUCUGAACCAAAAGAAAGACACGGCUUUGUUAUGGGCAGCCAGGUGGAAUCAUACCGAGACAGUUAAAGCUUUGUUGGCAAGGAAGGCGAAUCCGAAUGUUGCGAAUGAUAAGGGUUCUACUGCCCUUUAUUGGGCUGUCAGAUACGGUCAUACAGAAACCGUGGAGCUGCUACUAACGCAAGGAAAAGCUAAGCCGGACCAAACAAGAAAACUUGGUUUAGUUGCUCCCAUAGUGUUGGCGUCAGCACUCGGAUACAACGAAAUAGUUAAAAUCCUACUAAGAAACGGAGCCAAUGUUAAUCAUGUUAUUAGGGGGAGGGAAAUGCCAAUACACCAUGCUGCACGAGAGGGGCACGUGGAUGUUCUAAAAACCCUGAUUACCAGAGGAGCCAGUUUUGACAAACCCGAUGAGAGAGGAGACACGGCGCUGCUCUUGGGAGCUAAAUAUGGGCAUCCAGAUAUCGUUAAGACAUUAGUGAAAAAUGGUGCCGAUAUGAAGAAAAAGAACUUGCUAGGUGAAGAUGUUUGGUUGAAUGCAGUUAACAAUUCCAACGAAUUCUUCACUUUGCUUCUUAAUACUUUGGUAGAAAUGGAUAUGCUUACACCCACUGUGACAGACGAUGGUGAUAAACUCAUUAAAAUAGGUUGUUCCAAGUCACCACUCUUUCAUGCAGCCGUACUGGGGAAGUGCGAUAAGAUUGAACAUUUUCUUAAUUCGAAGCUUGAUCCAUUGGAACUAGACGAAGAUGGAAAUACAUUUUUGAUGGUCGCUGCAAAGCACGAUCAACACGAAGUUGUUCAGAAAUUCAAAACCAAAUGCCCUAUUGAUGCCCAAAAUACAAAAGGUAACACCGCUCUUCACAUUGCUUGUCUUAAGGGAAACCAUGAUACCAUAACGACACUUGUUAAUAACAAAGCUAAAGCAAACAUAAAAAAUACCAAUGGCGAAACUGCGCUUCAUGUGUCAGCUUAUUCUAAAAAUAUUCGCGCCGAUACAGUGAAAAUAUUAAUCAACCAUGUCAUUAAAACGCAUGCAUGGGAGUGUUUAAAUGUACCUGAUAAAGAGGGUAAAAAUCCCUUGCAUAUAGCAGCUAUGUAUGCAUCCCCGGAAGUGCUUUGGGAGUUCCGUUUUGUGCGUUAUAAGGAUUUGGAUAGUGAUGGUAACAACGCUUUACAAGUUGGUGUUCGUCCAGGAGACGAAGAAUCGUUUUUGGUAAUGAUGGACAUCUUUGAUACAAUGAAGAGAGACGCUGAUAUCAAUAACCAAAAUUGCCGAGAUGAAUCGGUUCUUCAUUUGGCCGCAUCGGAGUGCUUUGGAGAAGGUGUUCGAAGGUUGGUACUGUUUGGGGCUGAUUUAUCGCUUAAAGAUUCAUAUGGCGAUACUGUGCUUCAUCGUUUAACACGGGCAUCGUUAGAGAAUCCAGAUACUUUACCCAAAUAUCUUGAAGUUUUUGACAUCGUCAUAGCCGAGUCAGUACGCUGGUGGUGUAUCAAGAACAAUCUUCAUUACCCAGAUGAUAACAAGCAGGAUUACCUAAAAUACAAAAGAUCUGCUGUGCUGGACCUUACCAAGAAUUUAUACAACAACAACGAUCUAAGUGUACUAGCAUUAGCUUGCACCUUGGGAGCUUCUGAAAUCAUCGAAAGGCUGACUCAGAUGAAGGAUGUUAUGUGCUUUCACACUGGGGCGGACCGAGUGAGGUACGACGUUACCUAUUUUACACCCCUGACCAACAAUUCUCUGAGAGGGUUAUGCAGUAACACUCGUGUUGUACCAAGACCGUCAUGUGUAGAGUGGCUGCUGGCAACGGAAAAUUUAGAAAAGGCUUCGCAUGUGCUAGAUCUUCCCCCGGUGUCAUAUAUUGAGAAAUCUUAUUCCUCUAUCGCUGCCUGGACAUAUGCUCUUCUUAUAAUAUUCCAUAUCAUUUACAUGAGUCUGUUUAGUUUUUGUGGAGUGACAUUACAAGAUAAAAUUCGCAGAAACGUCAAUGACAGCGAUGCUCAAGUUGCAACUGUACUUCUUUACGUGGUAGUCAUAAUAGAACCCGCUAUUAUUAUAAUUUAUAUGGUUUAUGAACUUAUUAAAUAUUUGUGCUGCGGGGAGCAGAAAAUGAAACUGAAAUUAAAAAGAGGGAAAAGCAGUGUAUUCAAUACUUCUGUAAGUUAUAUGGGAACAUUUAUCAGUUUGCUGUACGCUUUAUUGGUUAUUGUGUGGAUGAUCCUAUAUCUCAGCAGCAGUGUCUAUCAAAAUUAUUUCCUUUCGGUUUCUCUGGCAGUGGGCUGGCUUUACACUAUAGUCUUUACUCGUGGAUUCAAACUCAUCCAUUAUUUCUGGAGAAUGAUACAAAACAUGAUUAUCAAGGAUGUGGCCAAAUUUUUGUUUGUUUAUUUAUUCGUUUUGCUGGCCUUCUCGUUCGCUUUUCAUGUAAUGUUUCAAGUCUCCGAUGACAUCGUUUUAAGUUUUUCCAAUCCACUUCACACCAUGUUUUUAGUGUUUAACAUGAUGUUAGGAAUGGAUGAAAUAUUCACAGACGAAUUUGAAACAAACAUGAACGCAGUCGGUUACACGACAGUCUUCACAAAGGUAAUCUAUUUGUUUUACAUGGUUUUGGGGACUAUUGUGUUGUUGAAUCUGCUCAUAGCUAUGAUGAACGAUUCUUAUUCCGCUACUCUAACUAAGCAGAAAUUACAGUGGAGAAUUGAAUCAGUUCAGUUAGGAGUCAACAUAGAGAAGAUGCUGCCAAUUGCUAGUAGGUUGUUUAGCCGCAUUAAGAUGCAUCACGGCAUAGUGGUUCCAGGUGAUGGUGACAAUAAAGAAAUAGGCUGGUAUUUAGAAGUAUCGUCUAGUAUGUCCACAACCAGUGCCACGAGUAAGACGAAUACUGAAACAGAGCUCAUCAACCAUUUGAAUGACAGAAUUACGGCCCUCGAUACCAAAAUAUCCGAAAAUAUGAAAAUGUUCCAUUCAACUCUACAGGACAUGCAUCAUUUCUUGCAGAAACAAGCCGAACAUACUGAAAUACGGAAAACAAGCUGAACAUACCCAAUUCAAGUUCAGCAUACCGAAAUCAAACUGCACAUCGUGGACGAAAGGUUAAACAUAGUACAACUCGCGUAAACUAACGCAAACGAGACGUUGUUGGGGGGUGGGGUGGGGGUCAGUUAGGUAUCUCGUCUCGUAAUGUGCCGAGUGUGGGGUUAAUCGUAUCUUCAUAUCAGUCUAUCAUGUGUCCUCUCGUGGUAUUCAAUUACACGGUAGGGUUAUAGGAGUAUGCGGUUGUUUUCUGGCGAUUCUGCUAUCAAGCACAUUUCUAUAGCAAGUAUAAAUCAGUCUGUAUUUAAGGUUUUAAAAAUAUAUUCUAGCGAACCGUUGAGCGAGGAUACCAUUAUCGUACUUCUCUAAUUAUCAACAAAUUUUGUAUAUGGCAGGAUUUUAUCUACUUGUAUAUUAAAGCGCAAAUAUAGAGGACAAAUGAUUUUUAGGACUUCACGAGUCAUAACACUUUGCGCCAAAAAACGUAAUACUUUGUAAGUUUUCUGUGAUAUUUAAUUCAUUUAAAAACCUUAUUUUCUGAUUUUCUAACGCGUUUACUUGGAAAUGCUGUAUUUUUUUUAUACCUUUAUAGUAUAUUUAGUAUCUGUUAUAUUGAAUCUCAGGGGAAACUAGUGAAGAGUUUGGUCUUAAAAAUGCACAGGCUUCGACCACAACGAACACUCUUAAAGUCGCUGAUCGUCAUUUUGGAUUUUUCAGAUUGUCUAAUAUUUCACGGUCUAAUCUACGUUAAAAUGUACCCAGGUUGAUAAUUGGCAUUUAGAUCAUCCAAACAAAUUACUGAUUGUACAUACAUUUUAAUAUGAAUAGUAACCCAUUAACUAGACACACCCUAUUACCUGGUCUUGGCGAAUAUUUUCCAUAGGUUUCGUAUCAGAUUCAGCAAGUUUUGUCUUUUUACAAAUAUAAUGCAAUUUUGAUGAACUGCUAAUUUGUAUGUUUGUAUAAGAUAUGACACAAAAACCCCAACGAACAAUCAAAAGUUUUUAACUUUUAAAUUGAUAUAUUUUGUAUAAACAAAUGUGAUAACAUAUUUAUAAUUGUAAUAUAUUUUAUAACAAAUUUUAUAGAAUUUGAUUAAUAUGUCCUUAUCAACGUUUUAAUACGGAUGGGCAAUUUUAUGGAUAACAAUAUAUUGAUAGUACAUAAUGUAUUCAUAUGAACAUCAUUAUAUUUUCCCAUUGUUUUUAUUUAUUCAUAUGAACAUCAUUAUAUUUUCCUAUUGUUUUUAUUUCUUGUUGAGAAUAUUUGUUAUUACAGUAUUUUAAAACCUGUUAAUAAUAUAUACAAUAAAUAAAAGAAA